AUUUAUCGCUGAUUUACGGGUUGAUUUUAUUGUCGGAACUGCACUCGUUUCUCCACGAGCUUGAAUAUUGAUGCACAUUUGUUUUCUUUUCACUGCGCUCUCACCACGACACGAUGACCGCAUGGAUUGAUAGCAGAGUUCGUUCACUCAUACUCCUAACCAACAUCUCCACGAAUACAUCAUUAUCACACCUACACUCUACUGUGUAAGCAACGUUGAGUUCAUCUCUCUUUCGCCGGUAUGUAUAUUCCAGAGAUCCUCACGCGCCUCAGCAUGUCCCACGGACAACGGACGGCGUGUUCCGCCACCGACUGGUUGAUGGCCGCGGCUGGCCCCAGUGGUAGCAGCUCCGAGAAUCGGUCGGUUCCCUUUUGCAACUGUGAAUAUCCGGCCGUAACGAGGUCUCGCCAUACGGCCAAAAAGGUGGAGCGGUGCCGCUGUGGCGAGGACACCUCGACCCGACUGGAUUGGGUUUGGGACGGCGAGGAGGCCCAUCCGGACACGCGGAUUACCAACGGGACCGAGCUGGUCUUUCAUCCGGUGUACAGUCAGGGGACGGCCGUGAUACGGGGUACGCAGCCGCUGCAGCACGGACGGCAUCACUAUUGGGAGAUUAAGGUGCUGAGCACGCUGGCGGGAACGGAUAUUAUGCUCGGCAUCGGCACCGACAAGAUUGACCUGCUGGCCCACCGCUUCAAGUUCGCCAGCGUCCUCGGCCAGGACGACCAAUCGUGGGGCUACUCGUACCGUGGCCUCACCCAGCACAACGGCCAGCUCAGGUACUACGGCAAAAAGUUUAGCCAGGGUCGCAUCAUCGGCAUCUACGUGGACAUGUUCCGGGGCGUGCUGGAGUUCUACCUGAACCGUCGGUCGCAGGGCCGAGCCUACGCGAACCUACCCCGGGACGCUGCCGUGCGCGUCUACCCGAUGGUCUGCUCGACGUCGGCCAAGUCUUCGCUCAAGCUGAUCAACGCGGCCUCGUUCGGCGACAGUCUCGUGUUUGCCUGCAUGAAAGUCGUCUGCCGGUAUCCGAAGGUGUUGGAGCAAGCGAACGCGGUUCCGGGCCUGCGACGGCUGAUCGACGAGCUGUGGUUCCUGCAGUUCAAGGAACCGAAAAAGACUGACGAGUUUCAGCGGAACAAUCUGCUGCUGGAAGAUGAGGCACUGCUGUGUGGCAUGAAGAAAAAGAAGUUCAACGAAAUCGUGUCCCAAAGUCAGCCGAAAGCGGUCACGGAGACCCAAAGUGAGAGCAUUACGGAGGAUCAGAUUUACGAAGGAAUGCUGACGGAGGCCGAUGUCCGGAAGGGAAAGGGAGCGGGAGGGAGUGGGAGUAGCAAUUGUAGCAGUAGCAGCGAAGACGAGGAGCUGGCCUCUAUAAUUUCGAGAGAGUUUUUCUGUAAUCAUUAGGACUAGAUAGUGAGGCGUGAUUCGUUGAGAGAAUAGUUACCGAGUGUUUUUAUUUGUGGGCUUUCGAGAGAUUGACUUAAUAACGGAAUUAGUUCUUAUUUUGUGAUAUGAAUGGUUUAGUUUAAAACAUAUUUAAAAGUUGUUUACCAUAAUCUGUUCAAUGUUAGUGUAAUACUGUAACUAUUCAAAGAUUUAUCAAGAUCUACGUCAAUGUAUAAGCUGCCAAGAAGUGCUUUAUACAAUUUAAGCAUUUUUAAAUAAUACAACUUGAAGCAUUUCUCAUUAUAUGCCUAUAAGCAAAAAAUAAAAUGUUUUUCAUAAUAUAAAAGUAAUAAAUUUUUGCAUAAACCUGCCUGUUGAUUUGAGUUUUCCUUGUAUAUCAAGAGUAUAAAAUCAUCUGACGGAUGGUUUUUUUCAAGCAAAACAAUGUAAUUGGGUCAAUGUGAGUUUGUAAACGUCACUAAAUAUUUACAUUAGGAGAGAUGCUUGAUUUUUCGAUUUCAAUUUUUCGAGUUUGGAGAUAUUUUCCCUAUUGUGCUGCAAGUUUACGCAUGAAAAAUGACUUUUGGCAAUCUGGGGUGUUAGUUAGUUUGUUUAUGUCGCGUUGGGGCAGUGUUUGAUUAAUUCUAGAUAACUUUUUCAAAACAACCAAUGGGUUUUCUAUGUACAUAGAACCCUUUGAAAAAGUAAGCGAGAAUUUGUCGCAUUUUCGAUCUUCUGCCGGUCAUUUGAAAAGGUCUUUUGUAUUGUGUAAAAAGUAAAAUUCAAGCAAAACAUUUUGGAUGAACCAAUGUGGAUUUCAAAACAAGCAAGCUAUCCUACUCACAAUUAAGUGCGUUUGGGUCAACUAAACCAACAAUAAAAACAAUAGUAAAAAAACAAACAUGAAAUUACGAGCAGUUGAUCAAAAAUUUUUGGAUUGUAUUGAACACAUUCACCAGUCAUUUAACAAUCACACAUUUUCAAAAGUCUUUUACAACGUAACGCAAAAAAUGAUUUUUGUACCCCAUCCUUCUCGUAACAAAAUUCCUAAACAAGUUUUAAAAAUUUGGCAUGUUCAUGCACGAAAAUUUUAAUAAAUUUGAAGAUAUUUUUGAAUUCUGUUUCAAUAACAAUUUGAACUAUUUUAAGAGUAAAAUUGUUCAAAAAAUCUGAUAAUGCAGUCUGUUUUCCAAUUCAAACUCAUUUUCAUUAAGAAAAACAUGACAUUUUCAAAGUAAUAUAUUACUAACUUUUUAAACUUUCCAAAAUUUGUCGAAAAUUGCAGCAUGCUCCAUAAGGUACUUUGAACACUUAUCUACCAAGGUCAACAUGGUUUCAUACCAUUCCGUUUGUAUUUAAUUCGUAUUUUUAAUUUUACAAUAAAAUCAUAAACAUAUCGUAGUUACCCCGGCUAUCAAUGUCAUCCAGUUUUAUGGUAUGUACAACUAUUCAAAAUAUUUUUAAAUGAAAUUAAAAAAAAAUAUAAAAGAAGAAAAUCGUAGGUAGGGGAAAUCUACCCUUUCCAAUCAAACACCUAUCUUCGUCAUAUGGAGAGUUUGAUGCUCGAUUAAAGCUCCAAAAAUACUAUUUGGGCUAUAAACUUACCAGCAACAGCACCGCCUCGAGUAAGCACGCAAAUGUAUGCCACUUACUGGCCAAAAAGAUCACAUUUAAUGCACUUUUGAUCAUAAUUUGUAUUUUGCGAGACCACUUCUCAUCAUUUUGUUGGCACACACAGUGACACACACGAGAAUCCCUCAAACGCUUAAUGAAUAUCGCCAAAAUUAACUUUUCACUUUCGCUUACUUUUUCACGGCGCUUAAGAUAUGAAAUUGCUUCCAACUACCGGCAACAUGUUCUUUUGAUCAUUAGUAAGGCACUCACUUGAAGAAUAAUCCCGAAAAAUGUAAUAAAUUAGCAAGCGCCAUCAAAAAAACAAACGCGCCAAGUCGUUUGACGUUUCAAUUUUCACUUUGCAUUCCACUCGAAGGCUGAAGAAAACCGAGCGGGAGACGAAGGCAAAAAAGAACAAAGGCUGGCCGUCAACACCACCAGCAGCACAGCCAGCGAUGCCAGGAAACUUUCCCUAUAAAUGCCACUUUUCGUGAGUGUUCGUUUGAAAUGUCAGCGCAAAUGGCAACACUCGACAGAGUGUUGGAAGAAAAAAGAACUAAGCCGAUAUUAGAAAAAUGGGCGUGGCCCAGUGCAUUCGCCUCGAUUAGAAUACCCUUGGGAAUUUUUUUUUGUUAAAUGCUUGGUCAAGAAAUAGAAUAACUUUUAGUGAAAGUGAAAAUAAACAGAAAUGUUCACAAAAACUUGCUCUACUCGUUGGUGUACUUGGUUUUAGUAAAAUUCAAGGGAGACUCUAGAUUAUCCAGCAUCAUUCAUACACGACCGCUUAUUAGGAUUAAAAUGGGUAGAUUUCCCCUAUUUGGAUUUUUUCCUCACUCCUCCACUGACGUUUGCAAAAUACUAAUUUUCUCUUUGUUUACAAUUUUACUUUGGCCCAAUAACAUUGUUUCGCUUGGUAUUUAUUUGAAUUUUAAAACAUUAUUUCAAAAAUGUUAACUUAUAUUAAAUGUAGGUAGUUUAAUAGUUUUUUAUUAAAAAAUAAUACAAAGAAUUUUUUUCCCACAAUUUUUAAAUUUAGUUCGCUUUGAACCAAGCUCCUGAUUUCUUUAAUAUUCACUCAAAUUUGAUAUUCAAAUUGAAUGCAUCUUCACCAGCAUCUUCAUUUAUUUAAUGAAACUUAAAUUUUAUUUCUUUUGGAUUUUCUUGUUCAAAUGCACUUUUUUGCAACUAUGCCAGUUUUGAACACAAAAACAACAACCAAAACAAAUACAAAUAAUUCAAAGAAUCGCUGAAAAAAAUUGCCACCCGCAGCUCGAGGACUUCUCGAGCAUCAAUCUUGGCUACUCGACGGAUCCCCGGUGAACUUUUUCUUCGCUGAAUGAACUCGAAUGCUCUUUUAAAAUUUUGAAAAUGAUAUUUUAUUGAUAUACGCAUUCAAUUUGGACAUAAAAUGCAAUUAGAAGCAUGUUUUUUCAUGCAAGAAUAUAAUUUCAUUGAUUCUGAUCAACAAAAUGGCUAGAAUUUGAAAAUGAAUAAAUUAGAUCCCCGCGGUGGGCUUAAUUCAGUAGCCAAAUUAGCUCCCAGCGGUGCGGAAACGUGCAUUAGGUACGGAGCAAAGCUAAAACUGGGGAUCCAACCGAUAGGUUUGCCACGCAAUUAGAUUUCUGCGGUGGAGAUGCCCUAAGGGAGCAUUAUUUUAUUACGUAACGCA